AUGCUUACGUGGUGCUUCUUGAUGAUGGUCAUUGUCGACUUGGGGCAUGUCCACGUUGAAGCAGCAGCAUGUCCCGAGAUCUGCUACACGACUGAGCUGACAGGCUUUGGACCGGGAGGAAGCGCUGGAUGCACCUGCAGUGGUCAACGGCAGGGGGCACGUGUUGGUGAUGGAAGCUGCAGCUGUGGUCAGUGUUAUUCAGCAUCAGGCAAUGGCAUCAUUGGGUACGCCAUUAGCAGCGACGGCACGUGCACGUUUGGAACGGACUGUGGCGAUUGUGACUACUCGCCCGAUGGAACAUCGAAUACUUCGACUCCAACGAGCAACUCCAGUACCACGACAUCUCCGUCAUCUGCAACACCAACGAUAGAAUCUCCUACUUUGGUCACACCUACGCCAGAUACCCCUUCUACUGUGGCGCCAGCUGUGACUCAAGAGAUCAAUAGCUCGACUACUAUUCCAACAAUAACUAAUACCAACAUCUCUGAUUCGAGUAAUAGUAAUGCAAACCAAAAUAUAGGGAGCGACUCGGUCAGUCAGGGAAAUGGUAGCGACAGUCUCGAAACUUGGCAAAUCGCGUUAAUUAUUUGUUGUGGUGUCCUCGUUUUCACAGUAGCUGUUGUUGCUGUGCUUUCAUGCUACUGCAAAGCCCGUAAUCGUUUAUUUGAAAACGAAGAUGAUCAAGCAGAUGUCAAUUAUUAUCAGCGACCGCCAUCUCGUUUUCAUGAAGAUGUUAUGGGGUCAAAUGUGGCUGCCACACCGGCGGUAUUCUCAGGACCACCGUCGAGCACUCGUCGAUCUGUUAGCUCAAGCAGUCUUACGAAUGACUUUAAGCCAAUGUACGCAAGUUCGACCAACAGUGGUAGUUCCGAACGAUUAAUGGUUGGUCUCGCUCCCGUGCGUUCACAACACAGCUCAAGCGACUUAACUCGAUCAUCUGACAGUAUUCUACAAGAACGAGCUUUGUCCGGAAGCUAUUCGACAGAAUUAGGACUGAAUACAGGCAACAGAGCACUAGGACGCUAUCCUAGUUUCGAGCACCGGUACCACACUACGCGCGAGCGAGAGAUGCUCGCGGUGGAUUUGUAA